UGCACUUAUUUGAUUAUUUCCGUUUGUUUCUUUACAUUCCCACUCGCUACAGAAAUGGCCGAGACAAACGGCGUCGUUUCCGCCACUUUUUUCCGAGUGAAGAAGCUCUCCGACAAGGCCGUUUUGCCUUCUAGGGCCUCCCCUCUCUCCGCCGGCUACGACCUCUCCAGCGCCGCCGCGACCACCGUGCCGGCGCGUGGGAAGGCUCUGGUCCCCACCGAUCUUUCAAUCUCCAUCCCCGAAGGAACCUACGCUCGCAUCGCACCGCGAUCUGGAUUAGCAUGGAAGCACUCGAUCGAUGUGGGAGCGGGCGUGAUCGAUGCGGAUUACAGGGGUCCCGUAGGGGUGAUAUUGUUCAACCAUUCAGACACUGAUUUUGAAGUAAAAGUUGGUGACAGGGUUGCACAGAUGAUAAUCCAGCAGAUCGUGAUGCCGGAGGUUGUUGAGGUUCAGGAUUUGGAUUCUACUCUCAGAGGUGAAGGUGGCUUCGGAUCCACUGGAGUUUAGGAAUAGAUAUAGUAAUAGAAAUGGAAUGAAAUCAAUGAAUUGCCUUUGAGCAAACGUAUCAUGGUACACCAAUGUGUUAGUUUAGGACUUUUGUGUUGCUGAGAUAAACUGUCAAUGUUCAAGUUCGUAUCGAAUUUUAGAAUUAGACUUGUUUAUGCUUUCUUUA